UUAAAAUGUUUAUCGCAGUCACAGGCUUCUUCCCCUUUUAUAUUUUCUUCCUGUAUCCCAUUCCUGAUCAACUAUAUAAAAAGUUCAAACGAGAGGAGCUAAAAGAUUUAAAAGGCUCUUUUGCACAUACAGAGAGAUAGAGGCAAAAGGGAGCUCAAAGGGAAAGUGGCUGGUCAUAUUUAUAGGUACUCAGGUUCUUAUCUCUACAAUUCUCUCUUAUAUUGUUUCUGGGAGUUCGAGAGAGAAGCCCUCUUGUCUUCGCUUGUUUUAAUAUAGGCUGCUUGCUUGUGAUCAUUUAGAGAUCUUCCUUGCCAGGUUUUUCUCACAUAAAACCAAAGGUACAAUUAGUUACUGGUGUUCUAUCUUCGAGAGAGAGAGAGAGAGAGAGAGAGAUGGCAGCUACCUCCCAAGCUACACUAAACCAGCAGCCCUUGUUUGAAGAUCAAGAGAUGCCUACACAAAUGGGCUUCUUUUCUUUUCCUCCACACUUGACCUAUCCUCAAUCGGCUAGUUGCCACCAGUCUCUCAAAGGCUUCAUAAUACCUCCUUCACUUGCGGCUGAUGCACCUUCUACCACCAAUCUUACUGAAACCCUACUACUCUCAUCUGCCACUAACAAGCAAAGAGAGGACACUAUUGCUUCUGAUUUGGGAGGACCCCAUCUUCUUUCCUUGCAAAGAUCCAGUGCAAAUCUCUGGGCUUGGGGAGAGGUAAAUGAGUGCUUGAACAGCAAAAGAAGUGGUUCUGGAGGAGAUCAUCUAGGGGUAUCAACAAUAAAGUUGAAGAAGAUAAAAGCAAGGAGGAAGGUGAGAGAGCCCCGGUUUUGUUUCAAGACCUUGAGUGAUGUGGAUGUGCUGGAUGAUGGUUACAAAUGGAGGAAGUACGGCCAGAAAGUGGGAAAGAACACACAGCAUCCCAGGAGCUACUAUCGUUGUACGCAAGACAAUUGUCGCGUCAAGAAACGUGUGGAGAGAUUAGCUGAGGAUCCAAGGAUGGUCAUCACAACCUAUGAAGGCAGACAUGCUCAUUCCCCGUCCCAUGAUCUUGAAGAGUCACAAACUCCAUCUCAGUUUAAUAACUUCUUCUUUUAGCACGUAUGUUAACAAGUCAUCUCAAUUUAGCCUCUGCAAAUGUUUUUGCAUGAGCUCUUCUUUGAUGGUGUCAAUGACAUGGAAAAAUAAGAGAGAGAUGCGGGUGCUGGCCGAGUUUCUUAGGCCCCCUGCAUCCUUUAUCUAAUUAAUGAAUAAGAACUUAAUAUAUAGUUGUUUUUUCUCUGUAAAUUUGAAUUAACAUUGUAGAGCUUUCAGCUUCUUUUGUAUUGAUUUGGAUUUUGGGUACAUAAAUAAUGUAAUUCUUCAUGAAUUGCUAGAUUAA